AUGUGGGAAGAGAACUUUGACGCGGAGAACCAUGGUGUGGUAAGAAAGCAAGACUAUUCCCCUGUGUCCUGGAACGAGUACUACGAGAUGAUGGAUGAUGUUGUUGUGGGAUCGGCGGAAAACAAAGACGUCUUUCGCGUCUAUAAGAGCGGACACGACGGGCCACUCCUGGUUCUUCUACAUGGAGGCGGCCACUCUGCCCUGUCCUGGGCAGUCUUCACUGCGGCUAUGGCAAGCAGAGUCACCUGCAGGGUGUUGGCAAUGGACCUUCGAGGUCAUGGUGCCACUCAAGUGCGGCACUCAGAUGACCUAUCGACGCAGACCAUGUCCCGAGAUGUGGCCAGUGUGGUGCGAGCCACGUUUGGAGAGAACCUGCCUCCCAUUAUCCUGGUGGGCCACAGCAUGGGAGGGGCCAUAGCCAUCCACACGUCCAGCAGCACCCUGCUCCCCAGUGUGGUGGGGCUGGUGGUCAUCGACGUGGUGGAAGGAAGUGCCAUGGACGUGCUCCACAGCAUGCAAAACUUUCUCAGGGGAAGACCCAAGACUUUCAAAUCAAUUGAGCAUGCCAUCGAGUGGAGUGUCAAAAGCGGACAAGUCAGAAACCUGGAGUCAGCAAAGGUCUCAAUGGUUGGCCAAGUGCAAAGGUGUGAGGAAGAGGAGGGGGAUCCUUCUGAGCAGGCAAGUCCAGCUGGCGACGUGUUUGCCGAGGGCAACGAGGAGUUUUACGGCCUGAAUUACGUCACUGACAAAGCUGAGAGUGCCACAUCAGAGGGGAGCCUCGCUGAGCAGGAGCCACACAGCGUGUACAGCUGGAGGAUUGACCUCUCUAAAGCGGAGAAGUACUGGGACGGGUGGUUUAGAGGAAUCUCCAAUCUGUUCCUCAGCUGUAACAUCCCGAAGCUCUUAUUACUAGCAGGCAUUGACCGCUUGGACAGAGACCUGACCAUUGGCCAAAUGCAGGGAAAAUUCAUGAUGCAGGUGCUGCCCCCUUGUGGCCAUGCUGUUCAUGAGGACAUGCCAGACAAGGUGGCAGACGCCUUGGCAAGCUUCAUGAUCAGGCACAAAUUUGCCGAAGUGAGAAGCGAAACGAAAAGGUAGAACCAGCCCUCAAGGAGCAUAUCCUUACGACCUUCACCUGAAUUGCUAUGUCAUCAAAAUCUCGACAAUUACAGCCUACGGCACCCUGGAUUCAACGCUUUUGCAGCUAAAUUAGUUGUUGAGCAUAAACUGUCAUUGUUUAAAAUAGUAUUUUGUGAAUAUGUUGGAUAUUUAGAUUGUGUUUUGGCCUACUAAGAUGCAGAGACAAAUGAUGUUUGUCAUAACAUUAUAUAUACCCACAUAAAAAACACAUUGUAUGAAUGAUUCUAUGUAUGAAAAAACACUGGUGGCCAUUUUGUAGAUUUGUAGCAUUAAAUCAUUCCUUCUACAUUCUUUUAUUAGCUGAAGUAGCUUUGAAACCAUAUACAUGUUUAAAAUAUUCACAAUGAAACAAACACAGCAGUUUAAAAUACAGCAAAAAAAGACCAGCUGAUUUCACUAUGAGUGUACAGAUUCAGAAUAAAAGUCUGAAAGGACGAGCAAAGGCAUA